GCCAUUUUGUGAAUGGUCCGCUGUGUGGGUGGUGGAAAAACUGUCAUUGAAGUUUAAAAGUGUUUUAAUAUAUUUCUGUACAGGACAAUUUAAGAUAGUGAAGGCCGGUGUUGUUAAUAUAAACAAUAAUAAGUUUGAGAAAGGAGUUUACAGAAGAUUCUUCAGGGACAGAAAACUGGUUUGAUAGUUACCAACGGCCGCAGUUGCCCUAACCGGUUUCCAAUAAGACGUUUGAGCUGCCAACCGCGGUGUUUUCAGAAACGCAACCGCGCGGUUGGUGAAGGAUUGCUGUACUCGAAGUUCUCUUCUCUUCUAAUUCAUCGGUGCUGAGACAUGUCAAGUAUGUACAGGUCUAAUAUUCGGCCCAGGUAGUGAGUUUGUGCGUUACACCCUUUAAAGACUGCAACACGCAACACCGUGAUGCAGGAGACACCCACUGAACUCAGUCCUCGAAGGCAACUGCUCUGCAACACAGUGAUCAUUGUCUGCAGACGGUUGGACAGACAAUUGGACAUGGCGAAGCUAAUUCAGAUUUCAACCAUGAGUAACAAACAAACAUCAGUUCCUCGGUGGAGCCUUGUAUUGUUGCUCUGCUGUUCCAUCGGGGUGUGUUCUGGGUGCCCGGAGCCAUGUGAAUGCUACAAAGCGUGGGACAGAAGCAUUAUAGCGAACUGCACACGGAAAGAUCUGGCAUUACUUCCAGAAUUUGAGGAAGAUGUCGCACAACUCGACAUCAGCUACAAUGACCUAGGAACCCUGCAACAUCUCUGGAAUUCUUCUGGUUACCUUUCACUCAAAGAGUUGCGUGCAGAUGCAGCGAGAAUCCAGUACAUAUAUCCAGGAGCUUUCAGUCACAUGGCACAGUUAUUAAAACUCUUUCUCAGGUAUAAUUUUAUAGAGAAUCUUGAGCUCGGAGUGUUCGAAGGUCUAGAAAGCUUAGAGGAACUAAGAUUAGAAGGGAACAGGCUUCAAGGAGUAAGAGCACAAGUAUUUCAAAAUAUGACCCAAAUGGUAGAAUUGUAUUUGCAUAACAACCAAAUAGAAAUUAUAAGCCCUGGUGCAUUUGACGGUUUAAAUUGUUUAAAAAUAUUGUCAUUAUCCAAUAACUUUUUAGCUCGCCUGGCAUCACAGACAUUUUAUGGUCUUACGAGGUUGGUGGAUUUGAGACUUCAUAGAAAUUAUAUGAAAUUUCUGGAUCUUAUGUUAUUUCGGACUUUAACAAAUUUGAGAUACUUACGAUUUAAUGAUAAUGAGAUAGAGGAAGUGGUACUUGGUACAUUCUCAGGGUUACAGAGUUUGGUCAGUCUGAAUAUGAAUGGAAAUUGCCUAAGGCAGUUACAGUAUAAUCACUUCAGUAACGUGACAGGCAAGCAAAGCCAAGCACUCGGAAUAUUCGCCGGAUUGUCAAAUUUGGUUUAUCUUCAUGUAAGUGACAAUCUGUUAGAAGAACUGGGGUCAGUCGUAUUUAAAGAUCUCGUGAGUCUGAAGUUUCUAGACGUGUCCCGAAACAGGUUAAUAACGUUAAAUGAACAUACGUUCUUACACAACACCCUUUUAACUGACCUACGUCUGUCGAACAAUCCAAGACUUACAGCGCCCAGGAACGCAUCAUUUAUCAAUGUCAAGUCUCUUCAAAGCCUGCAUCUCUCGAACUGUAGAAUAACAGACCUGACCGAAAGAAGUUUUAAAUAUCUUCCGAAUCUUCAAGAUAUCCGAUUAGAUCGUAAUUCACUCAAGACACUCAAGGUAGACACUCUUACUGGCCUGAUGCAUCUUUCACAGAUUUCUUUAUAUGGUAAUCCUUUAGUAUGUGAUUGUGAACUUAAGAAGACAUGGCAGUGGUGUCACAGUAAUAACGUGCAUCUGACACAUAAAAAUUCGUUUUGUAUACAAAAUAGGAAUAUGGUCAGAAUGUCUUGGGAUUUGCUUGAAUCCUUUACGUGUUCCGACUACUCUUCAGGACGAAUGUUCUUUGAGUCAUUUCACUCGUUCGUGGAACCGGUAGUGUAUGCAAUUAUUUUGCUGUCAGGCGCAACUGGUACUGGUGCAUUAUUGUUGAUUUUUACUACUUAUGAAAGGAUUCUUAAAAUCCCAAACGCCUGUAUAUUCAGUAUAGCUGUAGGCGAUUUUAUAAUGAUAAUGGUGUUUUUGCCUAUGAGCUUUGUCAAUGCCUUCACGGAAGUUUGGAAAUUUGGACUUCCGCUGUGUAAAAUAUUCAUUUUCUCACGUGACCUGACAGUUGGUGUAACUGUGUUCUCUGUGAUGUUGUUUGCUCAUCACACUUACACUUGGACAGUUCUCUCCUGCCGGUUACGAAAUUGUGGAUUUGGUUCUUCUUCAAAAGCAGGCGUGUUUAACGUGUUUGGGAUUUUGUUUGUGGCUGCCGCCCUUGCAUUUCCUGCUUUUCUCUGGGCAUCAAAUGAUUCCGGAAAAUGUAGUUACGCCCCAAAUAAUGAUGGCGUUAAUUUUAUCCCCUACGUGACAUUAAUACAACUGUUCAUUUAUUCCAUAAUGCCUUUAUGCUUUAUUGUGUUAAUUUAUACUGUAACAGAAAGGUAUAUAGUUUUUAAAUCACCCAAACUUGCUGGAAAACUAGAUGAAAAGAAAAUGUGUAUAAGGAAAGAACUUUCAAAAGUGGCUGUAAUUUUGUCUAUCGUUUUAUUUGUAAGUUACGCACCAAAUAUAAUCAUGAGGGUUUUAAUAGGUUUCUCUAUUGUAAAUCAAAAUUUGGACAUUACUAAAGUUUUCGUCUUCUUAACUGACUGCUUGUUUUAUUCAAAUACUUGGCUUAAUCCGCUAGCACUCUACUGCACCUGCAGUACAUACAAGAGUAAUUUCAAACGGAUUGUUUAUUGUGAAAGAUUCAGAAAGCAGAGGCCGAAGCCAAGAGACUCUACGUCACACGCAGCAGCUUCAGAGGGACCAAGUUCAGUUGCAGAAAUUCGCUACUGAGCACAUCCGUGACCAGUGUGUGUUCAUAGCUAAUCUCUAGAACACUAUUACGUAUCACGUGCUUUAACAUUCAGUGACUUUGCGUUUCACCCACAGAGUACAUACAGAUUUUAUGAAUCUCGGAACAAACAUCGAUUAUAUUCUUAACCACUAUUAACCAACUGGUCUCUGCAAUGGAGACGCUUAGUGCUUUUCUUUAAGUGAAUUCAAUUAAUAUUGCUUUUAACUUUUAUUAACAAGGACGAACUUCAAAAUCACAGAUAGUACUAAUAAAAAAGACUCGGAUGACUCUUCUGAACAUUAAUAAUGCUUCCUUACAGUCUCUAUUGUUGGAAAGGUAGUGAACAGUGUAGAAAUAAUACUGGUAUAACAGUUUUGUGAGUGUUUGUACCUGUGAAUGCAUUAUGAACUAGAAUUUUGACUUAAAUACGUCUAUACGGAAGGGUCAUUCAGCAACAAUGCUUUACUCCUUUACCUAAGAAACUAAUUGUUAUGUCAUCUAUUUACUCGGCAUUGUUGUGUUACAUUACUGCCGUCAAGAAUCUGCUUUCGUUAUUGCGGAAAGAGCUGAGCUGUGAAUCGCUUUUAGAAGAAGUAGAUAACAUUUUGCUGUUAAAAACAUUUCAGAAAAUCACAAGUCCUUAUCUUAUAUAAGAACUAUUAAGAGAUCUGUGAUACUGCCCUCCACUCUCUCCAUUUUAGUUUUGAUUAAAUUGAUCGU